UAUUUAUUUAUUAUUUUAUUUUAUAGUAUUUAGUAUAAUUUUAACAAGGAGCUUAAUUCUCGGCAAUGUCAGCUCUUGCAUGCUCGGGAUUGUCACCUGCUGUAGGCGUAAGCCACGCUCUAUUCUCCACCAUUUUAAGUUCUCGGCUUUAUCCAUUUCUUUUCUCCUUUUUUUUUUUUUCUUUUCGCAUUUCGGCUCUUUUUUUGUUUGCCUCUCUCGAUCCAACCCAAAAAAGAAAAAGAAAAUAUUUUUCAUCGUCGUCAUCAAUAAAUUGUCAGCUAAGGAGCUCCAAACAUGGAUUUUACAAAGCCGAUUACUUAUCAGGUUUCGCUGUACAUUGAGGGACGAUCAUGAUUCUUGAGUAGUUUUUUUCUUUUUUGAUUUAGUGGAUUGGGUUGCAUAUUUGGAUCUACGGUAAUCUGAUUGGUUCAGGAAUUUAUAGAAGAAAGAGUCAUUUGUAUGCUUAGAAUUCUCGCUAAAUUUUGGCCUUGGGUUGAGGGAUGCUGAUAUCUUGUGAAUAUAUUGUACCUAUUUUUUGUUAAAAAAUGGAUUUGUAAAUUAGCGGUGUUCUUUUUGUUACAUAAAUGUGUUGGAUUUGACUGAGACAAUUGAGUUGCAAAUAUAAGAUAGGAUGUUAGUGAUGUAUGAAAGUGUGAACGUAUGUUGGUUUUGAUUUGAAGUUUAAGCUAUUAGGCCUUGGAGGUAGCGUUUGUAUGCGUGGAGGAAUACUAGAUUUUGACUGUGAGUUUGAUAAAGUUAGCUGAUAUGAGAAUAGCUUGAUUAUGCAUUAUUGGUUGGUGGGUUGAAGAGGAAAAGAGUGGCUCAAGGAGCUAAGACAUUGUCUUUGUGCAAGUAAAUAGACCUGGGAGCUUGUUGGGGAACAUGAUCAGGGAGGCGUCUAACUCAUCUGAUCAAUUGAUUCAGCAAGAAUCUACAUCUGUUGUUCCUGAUGUGGGAAAGAACGUAAAUAAUAAUAAUAAUAAUAUCUCUGUACAGACAGGUGAGGAAUUCUCCAUGGAGUUUCUUCAGGAGCGUGUUGGCACAAGAGGGAUUCCUGCAGUACUAGAUGCAGCUCAGAUACAUGAGAAGAGUUUCAAUCAGGACCAGAGCCAGCAGCUGGGGUAUCAGGAUCUUGCUCGAAUUCUUGGGUUGAAAAGAAUGGAUUCCGAGUGUGCUUCUGAUAUUUCUGAUUUUGCAUCUGCAAAGGGGUCUUUUAAAGGGAGUGAAAAUGGGUCUUGUGUUGAAAAAUUAAGUAGAUACCAGAAGGAAGAUGGUGAUAUUGGACAAGUAGCAAGGAAGGCUUUUGGUGAAUUGAAUUGUGAUAGGUGCCAUCCAAAUGGUUUUGGACCAAGUACUACACCCAUUUAUGUAUGCAACACUCCUAGUUCCAGCAACUUUAGUUGGCAGGGAGCUUCUGAUGGAUCUCAAUCUGGGAAAAUGAAAUUUCUCUGCAGCUUUGGUGGAAAAAUAUUGCCCAGGCCUAGUGAUGGAAAACUCAGAUAUGUUGGGGGAGAGACGCGUAUUAUUUCGAUUAAAAAAUGUCUUUCUUGGGAUGAGCUUGUGAGGAAAACUUUAGCUAUUUGCAACCAACCUCAUUCAAUCAAGUACCAACUUCCAGGAGAGGAUCUUGAUGCCCUUAUAUCUGUGUCUUCUGAUGAAGACCUUCAGAAUAUGAUAGAGGAAUAUCAUGGGCUUGAAAAGCUUGAAGGUUCUCAAAGGCUGAGGAUAUUUUUGAUUCCUUUUGGUGAGUCCGAAAGUGCAUCUUCCCUUGAGGCUAGCACCAUUCAGCAGAGCAAUCCUGAUUACCAGUAUGUGGUUGCUGUCAAUGGGAUAGAUCCUAGUGCUAAGAAAAACUCUGGUGGGCAAUGUUUACCCAGCGAAGGAAGUCAUCUAGGACCUGCUUUGGAUCAUAACCCUAGUUUUCGAAAGCAGUGUCCAACUUCAGUAAUCCCUUUGGAGACUAUGGGUGGUUUUAAUGCCUUGCAUCCAUCUCAGGUUUUCCAUGAUUCCCAAAAUACAACCAGAUCCCCACUUCCAUCUCCUAUUUCUCCACUACCUUUCCAGCAUGGAGAGUCCAACAGUGUUUGUGCACAAGCAGUUGGUGAUAAAUCCAGCAUUGAAAGCAACAGUUCCUUCAUUACAGCACACUUGAACUGCAGCACAGAAACUCCUAGGUAUAAACAUUUUCAACAGGUUCCAUCUACUUUGGUAAUUUGUAGUCACCCUUAUGUAAAGGUUGAUGCCAGCCAAACGUACCAAGCUUAUGAAGGGCAAUUAUUAAACCCUGAUCCCAGCAAAGAUUCUAUGACUCUUUCAGUUUUAAACAAAAAUAAUCGUGAUUAUAAUGGUGUCUCACAUGAGAAGCCUAUGCAUAAGGAAAUAUCUUUCCUUUCUGAAAAGCCUAUCUCACAUGCUGGCGAUCCAUUGAGCCUGUUGUCAGGAUCUGUUGAUUCCAUUGAUUCUCACCCAGGCAUGUCACAUGCAUUUUCAGAUUCAAAGCUGCAAGAGCAUGGAGGAAGGUUUGCUUACUGUUCACAAGAAGGAACAAGCCCAUCUUCCCCUUUAAAUUUUGCAAAGACUCAAUCACCUUCCCUUCUUGUUUCAAAUGCUGUGCAGGAAAAGUUGAUGCAGCAACAUGAUAACAUUGAUCUUAUGAAGCCCAGGGAACAAAAUGAUUUGUCAGAUAUUGAAUCUACAUCAAAGUCAACACUGGAUAUGUUUAAAUUUUCUCCAAAUCCUGAACUUUCAUGCAGGAAUAAACCUAUUCACAAGGGUACUAGUGACAGUAAUGACAAGUGCCAAACAGCUAAAAUUGAUUUGAGUAAAUCCAGUUUGGUGACACCUAACAGUUAUGAUGAAUAUAUUACAAGCUUGGAUGCCAGGAACAGGUCUGAUAGAAGUGAUCCAGUUUUUCAUCAAGGUGGAAAGCUUUAUGAGGAGAGAUCCCCUGACAGCUGUAUGGAAUACAACAACAAAUUGUCUAAUGCAGACUGCAAUCAAACUUCUGGUGUUGCUAUUGACGCUUGGAAAAAAGAUCCACAAAUCUCGCAGAAGAUGGUUCCUUCUUCGUUGGCUAUAAAAGAUAACACAGAGCAUCCACAGACCUUGGAUAAAACCACAUCUGAUAUAGUUGGAUGUUAUGGUUCCAGUGGGAAAGUAAUUGAUGGACAAGGGGGCAUUAGUUCACGCACCAGGAACCCUGAAGUUGCAUGCUUAUUUCCAAACACCGUGAAAGACUCAAGAGGUCAGAGCUCAGCAGGCGAUCUUAUAUCUGAGUCAUGGAAUGGCCCAACGUCACUUGAACCACCACAAUUGCAGUGUGUUGCAAGUCAGAAGGAUAUAUCUAAAGACGAUAUGCUGAUGGGCUCAACCAAUUUGGACCCAUCUGCAGUUCAUGUUGACUCUGGUCUGUGCUCAAACUUGUACAAUGAUGACCUUCAUUCUAUGUCACAGAAUCCAGCAAACAAAGCAGUUUUUAGGAGAGAGGUUUCUCUCAUUGAUGAUGACCUUAAUUAUCCCAAUCAGAAUGCUGAGAAGAUGGUCCUCAUAGGAUCUGAGCAUGAGAAUUCAAUUUUAGAUGUUACCUUUGCUCGGACAGAACCCUCAAGCAAGAACCAGUGUCAAAUCCAGCCAGACCCAGUAGUUAUAUUUGAAGAUGUGAUCACUAGUGUACCUUCUGGGAUUCAACUUUCAUCUGUAGUUGUCCCACAUGUGGAUGUGAUCAGCAGUGAUAUUAUAUCUCCUAUUGCUACAGAGUUGGAGGAUGUCAUUCCAGAAUCUGAGUCUGACGAUGCUACAGCUGAUGAUCAAGACAAGGAUGAGUCCUUCACUGAUGCUAUGAUAGCUGAAAUGGAAGCCAGCAUCUAUGGCUUGCAGAUUAUAAAAAAUGCUGAUCUUGAAGAACUGAUGGAACUAGGAUCUGGUACGUAUGGAACUGUUUAUCAUGGAAAAUGGCGGGGAACAGAUGUUGCUAUAAAGAGAAUAAAAAAGAGUUGCUUUUCUGGGAGAUCAUCAGAGCAAGAUCGACUGAUCAAAGAUUUCUGGAGAGAAGCACAGAUCCUCUCAAAUCUGCAUCAUCCAAACGUGGUUGCAUUUUAUGGAGUAGUUCCGGAUGGAACUGGAGGAACCUUGGCAACUGUAACUGAAUAUAUGGUAAAUGGAUCGCUUAGGAAUGUGCUAAUCAAGAAGGAUAGAUCACUUGAUCGUUGCAGAAAGCUCAUAAUUGCCAUGGAUGCAGCUUUUGGCAUGGAAUACUUGCACUCCAAAAACAUUGUCCAUUUUGAUCUGAAAUGUGACAAUUUGCUUGUCAAUCUAAGGGACCCGCAACGACCCAUAUGCAAGGUUGGAGAUUUUGGAUUAUCUAGAAUCAAGCGCAAUACUCUUGUUUCUGGAGGUGUGCGAGGAACCCUCCCUUGGAUGGCACCAGAACUGUUAAAUGGUAGCAGCAGCAGGGUUUCUGAAAAGGUUGAUGUGUUCUCAUUUGGAAUUUCAAUGUGGGAAAUCUUGACUGGAGAGGAGCCAUAUGCCGAUAUGCAUUGUGGUGCCAUUAUUGGGGGGAUUGUGAAGAACACUCUUCGACCUCCUAUUCCAGAAUGCUGUGAUCCUGAUUGGAGGAAGCUAAUGGAACAGUGCUGGUCUCCUGAUCCUGAAUCUAGACCAUCAUUUACCGAGAUAACUAACAGGCUGAGAUCCAUGUCAAAGUUGCUUCAGCCAAAGGGACCUAAUAAUCAGGCAAGACAGGCAAGGCCUAUUGUUACGGCAUGAGUCAUCAUUGUACGGUAGCACCUUUUUUGUUUUUAGGUACACCUUUAAACCGUAGUUUCUCCGACAGAGCCCUUUGAGGAUGUGCAUGAGUAGAGUUUGAUCAUUUAUGGCCGAAUUUUUUUUCCUUCUCCCCUUGUUAAAUAUAUGUCUAUUUGUUUAUUCUUUUGUAACAAAGUAAUUCAGGUCACAAUGGUAAGCCUGAGAGAGAGUAUUUACAGAGUUUUCCGACUAGUUUAGUGUUGAUAAUUUUGUUGAAAAUAGUAUUUUUACAUGUAUAUACACACAUUUAGAAAAGAUAUAAAAGAAGGGGGCUUUUGAUUAGAGUUUGCUCU